CGAGUUGCCGCAAAUCCCGUGUGAAAUUUUGCUAACUGGUAACUAGAUCAGUGGCAGGCGUGCGGCUCGCGUCGAGUGUCACUCACCAGGCAGGCGAGCGUCUCUCGAAACGACCAGGAAUAGGCCGUGCUCCCUUCUCCGACAGGGGGCGUACGGAGUACCACGCAGACGAAGCUCAGAGCAGCAACCCUUUGGCGCCUCCCCGAACCCGAUCAAGCAUGUUGGACACCCCUUGAUGGCGGCCCGGCGCCGGAGUUAGGUCGAGCCGACGAUGUAACCCGCAUUCCCUGGGGAACGGCCCAGUCACGACGCAUCGAUGGAAAACAGCCUAGCCUUGGUCACUUGCAACGGUUCGUGAUCACCGGUUGACGGCUGCUUGGCGAGCGGGCAGGGAUCUCAGAGUCCAUGUCCAUCAUGAGACGCAACAUGGAGCCUGGCAGGCCUGUGUUCCUCUAAUUACUCAAAUCUUCGAUUCGUUAAGGCCGGCCCUCAUUUCCUUAGCCGUUUUUGCGCGUCGCGUCGAUCGCUACGAGAUUUGCAACACAAUGAAGUACGGAACUGCUUUGGUUGCUCUGGCGGGCCUUUCCUCGGCCCGUGAAAUCAAUAUCUACUCGCGCAAGCUGUCGAAGCGCGAGGUUCCCCAGGAGCACUCGCACGAGGCCACCCUGAGGGCAACCAACGAGGCCCUGAAGCUCAACAACCCCCUCAACAUUCAGGAUGCUGUGUUCGCCCUUCUCGGCAACGCGGCCGCUGCCCAAGGCGCCGGGGACGUCACCAACCUCGACUGCUUGCAGCAGAUCAUCGCCGACCAGGCCUUCACCAACGCCAAGGCCGCUGGCGACCUCGAGCUCAUGACCCAAGCCAUCCUGUACCGUGCCCUGGAGCGCAAUACGGGCUCGGUCGGCCAGGCCAGCGUCCUUUGCAAUGAGACCGCCACCAAUCCCGAGAUCGCCAACAUCCAGCAGCAUCAGGACCCGGCCUCCCCCGAGGCUGCUAACAAUGCGGCUAUCGAGCUGGAGGUCGCCAAGUCUCUGGCAUCGAUCGGUGCUGACCCCCUGCUUGCUCUCCAAAGCGCUACAUUCCCGCCGGGCGAGAUCGGUGACCCGACUGCUAAAGGCAACACCUGUGACGACCCCGAUGAUCCCCAGGGUUGCAUCUUCACGCUGAAUCUCCUCACCCCUGCGGUUACCGAAGAUGAAAUUCUGGCUGCCGUUGCCGAUAUCACGCCCGGUGCCGGCGCUGGUGGUGAUGUCGAUGAUGGUGUGGAUGACGGUUCCGAUGACGCUUGCGAGGUCAUUGUAACACCGCCUGCCAAUGACACCCAAGUUGUGGCACCGCCUUCCAAUAACACCGACGGUGGUAAUGGAGCGGGUGACUCGGCCACCGGCACCGUUAAUAUUCAGACCUUCACCGGCUCCUUGGGCGGUGUCCCCCCUCCAGUCGAGAGCACUGCUGGCUCGGAUCGGCCGUUUUCGGUCAACGGAGCGACGUUCACGACCGCUAACGCCGCGCUCCAGCGCUCGUGCUCUAUUCAGAAGAACGCGUGCGCCAACGCCGCCAACUCUGGACAGCUCCAGGGCGGCGUCCAGCAGUGCGAGCAACAGGAGGCUGAGUGCCGCGCCGCCAACAACCUCAAGAGGUUCCGGCGCUCGAGCCCUACCCGUCGCCAGGUUAACGGUCUGGACUUUGGCACUUGCGGCAGCCCGGCGAUCCAGUUCGCCGUCGGCCUGGACGGCCGCAAGGAGGCCAGCUUCCAGAACGUGAACACGGCGGACUUCAACCACGGCUCGGCUCAGGCCAUCCGCAUCAUUGCCGACUUCACCUGCUCCAGACUGCAGAGCUCGUGCAAGGCCCCCCAGGAGACUGUCCAAGCUUGCCAGCAGGCUUCGCAGGCUGCUCAGGCGGCUAGCGGACAGGCUGCCGCCGAUGCUUUCAACUCGGCUCUUGGCGUGUCUGCGUAGAGCUCUUUUGGUCGGGAGAUUUGGAGGUCUGGUGAUGUUGGGCAGAACUGGGCUCGAAUCGUUGGAAGGGGGAGGUGAUCGGUGAUGGUGAUUAUGAAUGAACAGUC